UGACCGCUUCUCGCAUACAUACUCUCCCAGGAAGAAAAGGCUUCCUACUUCAAGUAGAAGCGCCAUGAGGAUUCGACGUGCAUGUGACGCUUGCCGUCAGAGGAAGAUCCAAUGUGACGGUGAUCCUUCUAGCCCGACACGACAGUGCGACUGGUGCAGUUGCCACGGAAUGCCGUGCACAUUCCAUGGACUUCAGGCAAGAGCGGCGAAAAGCAAACUGAGGCCAGGGCUCGACGAUAACUUAACAGAUCAAUCCGAACGUGCCAGCAAACCUUUAUCCCACGACUUCAGCGGAAGUCUCAACGUCCAACUUGUCUCUACCAUGUCAGACACUUCAAUUGCAUGUCACUCGAAUGAGACCAACUGGGCGUUUCCAGAAGACUCAACCAGUUCCUAUGCCGGACUUCUCCUAGGCCAGAAUCGCUGUCACAGUGGCGUUCCUUUCUUCACCAAAGAAGACGAGGAAUGGAUAUACUCGCGAACCGGUGAACAAGCUGACUUCCGAAAACUCACUACCUCUCUCAUGAGGCAGCGAACCCAGCUACCAGCCCCGCUUCAGAUGUCCCUUCAGGAAGCAACCGAUCAUCUUUCUGUGCUUCCAUCACGAGGUAUUGCUAAGGCGUUUUUAGAUGCUUUUCACCAAUCAACUUUAAGAUUGGCAUUCCCGGUCGUCGACUACACUCUGUUCCAGGAAACUAUUGCUACGGCCUAUGAAGUCAGCGACAUGCUGCCAUCCCCGAAACAAAUCACCGCCAAAAUAGGCGUGUUGGCAUUUCUUUCCAUGGUGGGUGUUUUCCACGACAAACUAUCAUUCCUCCCCCCCAUGGACUGGGAUGCGUAUUACGAUGCGGCCCGCUCCUUCCUACCACAUAUCCUCGACGAAGCCACUGUGGAAAAUCUCCAAACGGCCUUGAUGCUGUACCUCCGUCAAAGACAUUUCGGUCGCUCAGAGUCGGGCGCUAUUUACCACUCUAUCGCAUGCAGAAUGGCAUUCAUACUUGGUGGACACACAAGUACGAAAACUAAAUCCUUCAACGACGAAGUUACUCGUCAAGAGCGACAAGCCCGCCACAUCCGACUACUUUUCUGGCAUUGUUAUGUCUUUGACAAGGAUAUUGCCCUUCGGACAGGACAGGUGCCUUUGAUAUCUGACAAGGACUGUGACCUCACACUCCCCGAAGGCUAUAUCGAAACCCAGUUCGUACCUCCUGUACCAGGUCACGAUGUCUCCUCGUUUUUCUUCGCGAACGAGUCCCUAGUUCCUUUUCUUCCUGGAGAGUUACGACUGAGUAUGCUCAAGCAUAAAACAUACGAGCUAUUAUACUCCGCUCAAGCUCUUACCAAAUCAGAUUCCGAAGUCAUCCGUGCUAUUUUGGAGUUGGACGAUGAACUUGAAAGUUGGCGACUAUCUAUCCCAAAUGUUGUUCGCCCUGCUCUCUCCGUUUCCGAUCCCAAGCAACCACUGUCAGAUCUCCCAAUACAACACCGAAUGCAAAAUAUUGUUCUACACCUUGAGUACCACUAUCUUGUAGUGGCAAUACACCGGGCAGGCGCUAGGCGUAUUGCAAACAAUCCAGACACUGGUCUUCAUGCCAACGAACGUCACGCAUCAAUCAAUUCUAGUAUAGCAUUGUGCCUUGAAGCGAGUCGGUCAACUUUAUUUUAUCUUCGAGCAGUCAUCAAUGAUCUAGCUGGAGAGAUAUUCUGGGUUACUGUCUUCUAUCCCACGGCAGCGGUAACGAUGCUAUUCCUUCAAAUCCUGGCUGAACCAUUGGCUUCACAAGCAAAAGCGGAUAUAGAGCUGUUGAGCUCAGCAGUAGAGCUCAUUCGCGGCAUGCCAAUACAAAAGCCGACACAGCAUGAGAUUGAUCAUAUUCAGUUAGUAAAUGACUUUAUCACAGAACUGAUCCGUCUUGGUAACUGCGCCAUCGCUAAGGCUGGCAGGGAAAUGGCAACAGACGGAUCUGGCGUUGAGAAGUGCAUGUAAUAUAUGACAAACGACAGACCUAUAGGCUAUAUAGUCACAUAUCAUUGUCACAUAUCAGCCUUGUUAUCAAGUCGAGAAGAAUGUUAGCUCACGAUUGGAAGGAUCCGUGGUCAGCGUUCGCCAAGUUUCACGAUACAUGACAUGUUGAACAUAUAGUAGGAUGUAACAGAAUAGGAGAGAUGAUGGUUAUGUCAAAACUCAUCAUACAAGCGCUCACGGGCUAGAAAAUGGUAUAGGGUACUGACAUCAGUGGGACCUGAUACAGUAGGCAGGACUGAAAACACCGGCCUUCACAUGUUUUUGCUUUUCUUCCAGACGAAAGACUCGGAGAACUUGCGGUGAACCAAAGGCUAAACAGAGAAGUGACGAAACAAUAGCCUGUAUAUUGAAAUUUCCCUCUAUAAUGUAGAAACUAUCC